AUGGCCCUGGUGGCAAUGCCUUGGGACCUUGAGCCUCAUAUCCCUUCCUACGCUUCGCCACCACGAGGAGAAAGAGAGAGAAAGCAAAGAAGAGAGGAAAGGAGGCUAGUUGAAGCUCAAUUUGGCAAAGGUAAGAGACUAAAGCUAGUUUUGGGAAGGUCUCGGAUUUCGCCUAAUGUUUAUGCUCUUAAUAUGGUUGCCAGUGCAUAUUGUAAAUUGGGGAAACUACAAAAGGCUGUUGAGGUGUUUAGGGUGAUGGAGAUUCUGGAUUUUUGCCCUACAGUGGCAUCAUGUAAUAUCUUGGCAAAGAAGCUUUCUAUUGAGAUGAAAGGCAUGGAUGUGGUUCCUAAUGCAUACCCUGAUCAAUUGGCAUAG